AUACUAACUGCGUGGUCCACGUGAACACAAUCUACGCUGCGAUGUGAUUCAUAAAAUUAUAAACUAAAAGUAACGUGUAGUGAAUUAGAGUACGGGAUUUCGUUAUAUUAAAAAUAUCGCACUGUUGUCUCACACGCUGAAUACCAUAAAUUAAUAAAUUGUGAGAGGAGUGUGCCAGUGUAUGUGUUGUAGACGCGGCGCUCAACAUGUGAGGUUAAAGAAGACUAACAGACGGCGGCAAAGAACUUUAAAUAGAAAGUACAGCAAUUUGAAGUGAUUAAAACGCUGAAAGACACUUUUAUUCCAAAACAUAAAUUUAAUAAUAAGUAAAACCCAAAUUCAUAAUAUGGACUCCUCACGUCUGCUAAACGUUUUUCAAGAGGAUGCUUUCGAGGGCAAUUUUAACAAAUACGAAUCUGAAACGUACUUCUGGUCAAAUGACAAUGUAGAUAUAAACAUGGAAUUGACGGACACACUGAAUGGAAUUUUACCCAUGUCGCCCACGGAGGACCUUUUGAUGAAGCACAACGAGGAGGAGUUACAAAACAGCAAAAACAUACUAAUCUACAACGAACUUGUGGAGCAGCAGCUUAGCGAACACGACGCCAAUGAGAUAAAUUCACCGGUAUAUCAAGCCAUAAGCGACAGUGUGACCGAUGAUGCCUUCGUGGACAGUAAGCGAUCAUGUAUCGAAGAUGAUGCCGAAGAGAAUGCUCCAAGUGAGUGCAGUAACUCGACAUUUCGCACACGCACCGACAGCUCGUCCAUAGGCGAUUACGAGUCGCAUUCUAGCGACUAUGAUGAUGAUGAUUUCGAUGAUCAUAUGCAGCCUCCAGAAGGCUUUGUGGUGCACACUUCUGCUGUACAUAAAAAGCUCAAAAGUAGAACGUUUAGCACAAAUACAAUUUCAUCAGAUACCGAUGCUUUUGGUCUAAAUUUUGACGCAAAUAAUUUUGACGCGAAUAAUUUUGACUUGGCUGAGUUCAUCACCAAAGAUGAUUUCGCUAUGAAUAUGUGCACACUUCGGCUCAAGGAUUUACCGAUUUCAUUAAAACCACCUGCUGCUGUUUCUGAGGAGCCCAUUUCAAAUAAGGCGGAGCUCGAAGUAUUGGCCGUAUCCGAAACUUUGCCUCAACCAAUUAUUGUAUCAUCAAAAAGUAUCGAUUCUGAUGAUGAUAACGAUUCGAUCAUUGACGUGGAGACAAUUGAUAUAGAUGAGUCUUUGUGGGUGCAAGGCAAAGCUAGUGAUAUGAGCUUUAUAGAUAAUGUAAAAGAUGACCCAUCCUGGUGUCCCAAGCAAACAAAGAAGUCUAAUGGGAAUUCUAAUACUAUCAAAGAGCAGAAAACAACACAAACCUCAACUAUUGACUGCAAUAGCAAGACAGCAGAGGCUUCUACAACCAGAAAAACAACAUCAACAGUAGUUGGAGCAACACACAAGCCUAAGACAAGUAAAAAUAUUUGUUUGGUGCCGAAUAAAAAACAAUGCGAUAUUCUCAAGCGCAAAGUCGGCACAAAAACCCCAAGCACAGCAACAACGUUGGUCAAGUCCACAAAAGCGGCUGCCAAAAAAUUGCAAGAAGCAUUAAAAGCAGCAGCAACAAUAACAACACAGUCUACUAAUGCCAAGGCCAAUGUCGAGGCGCGCAAAGGUGUGGGAAUUGGUGGCAAAAAUUUGGCACUGAUCAAGCAACAGCGCGACAGUAUUGGUGCUGCUCCUAAUCAUGAAAUUUGUUCUAAUGAAGAAACAUUGCCGAAUGGACAGCUUCCGGUAGCUGAAAACACACAAAAUACAACGACGAUAAUUACGCCUGAUGCACCUAAACGUAAACUUAAUUUGGAGGAGUAUAAACAGCGACGUUGUGGCGGUACUUUUGCCACCAGACCUUUCAUAAAGUCAGAAGUGCUGCCCGAUAAGAUAGCCAAGCUGGACACAAACACCAGCAAAGCGGCAACAACAACACCUGUAGUCUUGGCAGCGACAAAAGUGCAUCCAUCGCCACACAAAGCAGCCAUCAGCAGCAUUGUAAACAGUCUGAAAAAUCAAGCGCCGCCAGCAGAGACCCCCACAGACCCCAUUACGGUGGCCAGGAACAAGGUAUUACGCAUGCUGGAGAUGAAGCGUGCACAGCAACUCAAAAUUCUGGACUCACGUGUGUCAGCGAAGGUUCCGCGCGUGACGAAGUUGCCGCCAUUGAAAGAUAUUGUGAAGGACACCUAUUGCAUGGAUACUAAAUCGGAGGAAGCACCUCAGCCUGUCGUGAUUAGUAGUAGUAAGGUGCAUACGGACUACGAGGAAAUUAUAAUAGUGUCGGCUAGUUGCAAUACUGAUAUAACGAUACCACCGUGCCAUAUAAGUGUUGCCUUAAAAGAUAACAAAGUGCCGCCCAAUUCACGCUCUCUACUAAAGUCUUCUGUCCUUUUGUAUAACAUCUCCAAUAGCAACGACGGCCCCACAAAUUUAAAUAACUCGCUUAUCGCAAGUAUUCAAUGCGAAGUGGUAAAGAAGACAAGUGGUGCCCUGAAUAUGAACACAACAGCAGCUACCCCUGAGGCUGAUCCUCAGUCAACUGAUAAGAAUGCACAGCAUGGUGAAGACAUGGUAAUUAUGCAUUUGCCUAAGGAUCGCGUGCGCAAACAGCAAGUCAGUAUGGCAACCCAAACUGAACUGCAGCCCGAAUUUCCGUUGCUGGUGCUGCCCACUAUUAAGCGAAAGUCGCGUGAUCGUACGCGUUGUGUCUAUCGUAAGCGUCGCAAUAGUUCUACCGGAUCAGAGGAGUCAAGUUCUUCGAGCACCUCAUCGUCUGCAAGCUGCAGAAGUUUAGAAUCCUGCCGUUCGAGAUCGCAUUCACGUUCCAAUUCAAUAGAACGAUUGCGACACAUGGAUGUUGCGUCGGCCACAUGUGGCAAUAGCAGUAGUGUGGGAGGUGGCGGCUAUUCGUCGCGCAGUACCCAUCGCCAUCGCAGUUCGGUUAGUUCCAGUUCCUAUUCUGAGGCAGGAAAAUACGAGCGAGCGCAAAGGCGCCAGCGUCGUACCAGUUACAAUAAGCGACGCUCGAAAAAACACACACGCUCCACAUCCUCUACAUCGGGUUCGGAGUACAGCGAUCGCAGUCGCAGUCCCAUCCGUCAGCGACGUUCACGUUCACGCUCCAAUUCGGACACUCGCUAUGGGGAAGGAGGCAACAAAAGCCAUAACAAUAACAAUCGUCGUAGCUUUGUUGAUCGCAAUGUGUCCCAACCAGCUGUUGAGGAACGUCGUAUUGUGUACGUGGGCCGCAUUGAACAGGAAACCACGAAGGAAAUGCUGCGUCGUAAAUUUGUAUCUUAUGGCCCAAUCAAACAAAUCACAAUACAUUACAAAGAAAAUGGCAUGAAGUACGGGUUUGUUACCUAUGAACGAGCGCAAGACGCCUUCACGGCCAUAGAUACUAGUGCCAGAAAUACUCAGAUCAAUAUGUAUGACAUUAGUUUUGGCGGACGAAGAGCUUUUUGUCGUGCCUCCUAUGCCGAUUUGGAUAAUGCUGGUAUCAACAACUACCACUCGUAUGUAUUUCCAACGGCCGUUAAUGCCCCUCCCAAACAGGAGGACUCUUUUGAGGCUUUAUUGCAGAAAGUGAAAGCGAAAAUGAAUGCAAGCAAGCCAGCGGCAGCUGUCACCACAACUACGCCAGCAACAUCGCCCGAAGCUAUGGUUGUCUCAUGCGAUGCGCCUAUCAAUGCAACAAAUAGAAACGUCAACAGCAAAGAAACUGAAAAGAGCUGUCAAAUUUGACGUUUUUGUUAUGACGUGGAUAUAUUUGUAUUUUUUUAUUUAUGAUUUGCCUGAUUUCAGGUUGAGCUUAACUGUAGUAGACAUAUGUGAAGUUUCUAUCUGUAGAACGGAAAAGCCUGAUUAUGAAUCAUAACUAUGUAUAACUUAUUGUAAAAAUAGUUGACAAUUACAUUGCGAAUUUUUGAAAAUUUAAAACAAUACUUAUGCGUCAUAGAUACAUACAUACAUGAAACACUCACUAGUUUUGUUGUGCAUGUUUUCUAAUAACAGCGAAUUGGAAAUGGAAAUGAAAUUGUGAUAAGAGCGUAAUACAAAGUCAUUUGUUGCAAAUAAGUUAGAAGAUAUGCAAACAAAAAUUUAAGAAACAAAAAAAUAAACCUAAUAGCAAUAGUACUCAAAACUUAAAAAAUGUUUAUACAAAUGAUAACCAAACCCAGACCGUUGUUUAUAGCCAAAACAAUUUACAAACAAAUGCAUACAUACAAAUCCGAAAAAGUAAUAGAAAAGAACUAUAUUAUAUAUAGAGCAAGGACGUUGCAUGCUGCAUGCAAUAGUCACGAAUUAAACUGUUGAUAACAAAACUUUGAUAUUAGUUUGUAAAGAAAAUAUUUUGUAUAAUUUACUGAAUAUGUUUUGUACGCGCCAUAGCAGUAAAUACUUAAAUAUGCAUGAACCAGAGAUAAACUUGCGCAGAGAGCAAAAGAAAACAAACAUACUUUAAUGACCUAACAAUAUCAUAAUUUUUUACGGAUUUAGAAUUGAAAUUUGCAACCAUAUAUAUAGAUACAAAAUGAAAUUAAAUUGUUAAAUUAUAGAACUGUUGUUAAAUGAAACUUUAAAAGUGGCUCUGUAAGUUAAAGGCAUCUUUUAUAUUUCAUUUCAUUAAUAUUAUUUCUUCUAAGUUGAAUACAACAACAAAAUUUGUCUACUAAAACUUUUGAACAAUCUAUAGAAUAUUUUAUAAUUACUCCUAUAUUUAUACAUAUGUAUAUUUAAUUUAGCCAGAAAACGAUUCACAUAUGUAGCCAACAAAUUGUAUCUUAAAGAAUUUUGUACUACUUCUUUUUUAUAAUUUUACAAAUAGUUGCAGAAAAUUGAAUAAAGUGUAAACUUUCAAUGAAA